CACACACACACACAAAUCUCAGCAUCUCCUCACUGAUGACAAAGGGUCCUCGCGGGAGACGAGCCGCGCGUGACCGCUUCCUCUGUGCUCGUGCUGCCGCAGACAGAAGCAGACAGACAGACAGAGGACAGAGGGUGAGACAGACAGACAGACAGACAGCAGCGGCAGUGUGUCGGUCGGUGUGUGUCGGUGGUCGCUGAGGAUGCGCGCGGUGGGCAGCGGCAGCAGCUCGCGGUGAUCGUCGGUCGGUACCGGGAGGAGCAGCCGCAGUGGAGCGCGAGGAGCGGACAUCAUGAGCUGCAACUGGGGCACCGAGCUGUGGGAUCAGUUUGAUAACCUGGAGAAACACACAAGCUGGGGGAUCGACUUCCUGGAGAGAUACACAAAGUUCAUUAAAGAGAGAGCCGACAUCGAGCUGAGCUACGCCAAACAGAUCAGGAGUCUGUCUAAGAAGUAUCAUCCUAAGAGAAGCAGAGAGGAUGAGAGCAGGUACACCUGGUGUUUGGCAUUUGCUGCGACUCUCCGGCAGCUGAAUGAACUUUCGGUUCAGAGAGAAGAACUUGCUGAAAACUUGAACUCACAGAUCGUAUGUGAGCUGACACGAUACACACAGGAACUGAAGACUGAGAGGAAGACUCAUUUCCAAGAUGGCCGCCGCGCUCAACAGCACAUUGAGGGCUCCUGGAAACAACUGGAGUCUAGUAAACGUCGGUUUGAACGUGACUGUAAGGAGGCGGAGCGAGCUCAACACGUCUCUGACAGAAUUGACCUUGACAACAAGACGGAUGGAGAGAAGCGCUGCUCAUUGAAGGCUCGUCAGACAGCUCAACAGAAAAAACAAGCUGCUGAAGAGUCAAGGAAAGACUAUGUGACCAGUUUAAACCAGUUUAACCAGGACCAGCACCAGCACUACCACACACUGGUACCAGUUAUAUACCAGCGUAUCCAGGACAUGGAGGAGCGGCGGAUCGAGAGAAUCUGCGAAUCGAUGCGUUCGUCAGCGGAAGCUGAGAGGAAAGUUCUUCCUGUUGUGAGUCGCUGUCUGGAUGCCAUGAUGGACGCUGCUGAGGGCAUCCAGCCCAGGAUGGACACCCAGCAGGUGGUGGAGGUGUAUAAAUCCGGCUUCGACCCUCCAGGUGACGUUGAGUUUGAGGAUUACAGCGCCACCAUGAGGAGGAGCAUCUCUGAGUCCAGUUACCUCGACAACCGUACUGAGGGGCGGAGACACAGCAGGAAGCUUUGGCCCUUCAUACGGAAAAACAAACUGUUGACCCUCCUCUCCUCUCCCCGCCAGCCUCCCCCUCCACCCCCCACCUCACCUUCACCAGGGGGGGUAGCCAACAGUCCACAGUCCCCUCCCCCUGCUGCUAGAGAACCAAUUACACAGCGGCUGAAUGACCUUAUGACUUCUGGCUCCAGAACCAGGAAGCAGUGUCUGCGCAGCCUCAAGAGAGGGCUGUCACUCAAACUGGGCUCCAGUCCUGCAGACUGUAGUCAUCUUCCUCCUGAACAGAGACGAAAGAAACUUCAAACCCGAAUCAACAACAUCAACCAGGAGAUCCAGAGAGAGAGAGAGCAGAGAGAUGCUCUGUUGAAGAUGAGGGAAGUUUAUGAACGAAGUCCUCAGAUGGGUGAUGCCGGUAGUUUGGAGCCUCGACUGGACGAAGUGAAACAAAGUCUGCAGAAACUGGAGGACGAGCUAAGGAGGCACCAGGCGUGGCUGUCAGAGGCUGACAGCAGACUGUCUGAUCACAGCAAUAGAAGACAGAGUGGAGGUUGUGGGUUAAAUUCCCAGGCCACAACACCAGGCAGCAGCAGCCUGAAACAGCUGGACAACCGCAGUCCAGCCAGCAGAGAGAGUCCUGAUGGCAGCUAUACUGAAGACCACAGUGCAGAGCUUCACUUUAAGUCUCGUAGUUCAGAGUUUGACGACGACUUUGAUGAUGAAGAACCAUUACCGAGUAUCGGCACCUGCAAGUCCCUUUACCCAUUCCAAGGUCAAAAUGAAGGCACUCUGUCAAUGGUGGAGGGAGAGCUACUUUCUGUGGUGGAAGAAGACAAAGGUGACGGCUGGACCAGAGUACGGAGGAACUUGGAGGAGGAGGGAUAUGUCCCCACCUCCUACAUCAAAGUCUUCCUGGACAGCAGUGCCAAAGGCUUUGUGCAGAGUAGUCGGCUAGUCUAGCACAGUAAUCGACCAGGGGGGAUGUCUCGCCACAAGAAGUGAUGUAAAGGAAAGAGCUCUGAGGAAGUCUGGUAACUGCUUUUCAUUGGACAGUUUGACAUUUCUCAGCCAAUCAGACGAGAGACUGCUGUUGACUUGUUGUAGACACUGAUCCAUACCAUCUGCAUUUACUGUAGCUCAGAUGAUCACAUCAGUCAUUAUUCAUCAUCAGCUCAGAUCUUUAUUUGUGUUUUACAUACUCAACAAAAAUAAUUAAACAUAAUAAAAAACUAAACAAAACCCUGAUAUUCUCAUAUAAUUCAGAUCUUUGAGGCCAAAAGUAUGAAUUUGUCUUCAAACAUUUGCUCUGAUGUGAAAACCGAGUUUCUGUAAUUGAUCAAUAUUCACUGACAAACUUACCUGAUAUCAGUUUUUUCACCUGCUGUAUUAAAACUAUGAUCAAAUAUGAAAAAUCUGAAUAUAAACACUUUUAGAUAUGAAUGUUUGUAAAAAUACUUUAUUGAAAAGAAAAUGUGAAGUGGUGGAGAGGACGAUGCUUCCUGUUGGCCGAUGAGAUCAAUAAAGGAAUAUCUGGUUUCUGUCCACAGUACAUCUCACCCCAGUGAUGUCACAGAGUACUUCAGUACACUGUACAUCACUGUGGGUGUGGUCAGAAGUGAAACUGCUGUAAAGUUUAAACAGUUUAUACUGCAUAAAGCCCUGCCCCCUCAUACCUGCAGAUAUUACCCCAACCCCCUGAUUAACCAGCCCAUAUUAACCCUGCCCCCGCUUGUUGAUCAGUGGUCAUGUUAUUGAUUGAUUGUGUGAAAUGUGAAACUUUUUUAUUUUAUAGUAAGAUAUUGAUCAGUUAUUAAUUUUUUUAUUGAGACGUGAGACUGCUGAUCACGCUCUUUUCAACUUCCUGUAUGUUAAACUUUCAAAAUAAAGUACACUCUGAAUCAAA